UUCAAGUAUUCGGGGUAUAUCGUAGUCGGGCACUCUCGACAUGUUUCAUCUUGGCUGGCGUUUUCUUAUCUGUUUAAAUUUUGAAUUUCUUGUUGGCGUUGAACUUAAUACUAAAAUUGGAUAGUUGCUUUCAAAAAUAAACAAAAUUAAAAUUAAAAUAUUAUCCACAAAUGGAUAUCAGUGAGAGUGCAGCUAAGAUAUCUGGCAAAAAAAAGCUGAAGAAAACGUAUAUUGUGACGAUAUUGAUGCUGUUACUCGGCCAAUUUCAGGUCAUAAUCGUAAUGGAGAUUGACCCACUGAAGCGGUUUCUCAUGAAGCAUUACUAUGUGAGCUUGCUGCACUUUUUUGUCAGCUUCAUAUCGAUACAGCUGUACGUGUUCUUCUAUCACAUUCUGGAGAGAAAAGCAAAAUGGAAGCGUUUCGCGGCCGGAAUCUGGACGUACGAGGUAAACACCAUUUCGAUAAUGAAGCCCGCUAAAGCAGCUCCCUAUAUUUGCCUCAUCACAUCCUGGGUGCUCACCUUCAUUGUCAUGGCCAUCAGUGUGUUCUACGGCAAUUGUGCCAUCAAGCAUAAACGUGGACUCUUCGUGUCACGCCACAAUGUGAUACGCUGGAGCGAGCGCAUCUAUGUGCUGACAUGCUUUGGCAUCAUCAUCUGUGCAGAAAUGAAGCGCAUCACUAUUGAGUUUCCGGCGCUCCUUAUUUAUACCAUCAUAUCAAAUGUUUUUGUAAUUAUAUUUGCUGCCUCGAUACGAAAGCCGAAAUUUUAUCAAGUUGACGAGGUCGCUGAUCAUAUACUCAUUGGACAGCUGUACUAUCUGAACUUCUUUGCCCUCUACAUGAGCUAUGUGUGGACGACGGCAGCUGGCAUCGAGUUGGCCAAAUGGGAUCUAACGUUCUGAUAGCCAUCCGUUCGGCUGGCUGACUAGUUGGCAGUGUUGCCAUUUCCACAUUGAUACAGCGCAUGCGCCUCGAAAAGGUCUCAACAACAGCUGUUGCACAAACACGCCUACACACACACACACACGCACAAACUUUGCUUCCAUUUAGUUCAGGAACGACGUUGUAAAUGCAAAUUGGAAAGGUUUUGUUGCCUGGUGCUGAUUGCAUUUGUUUUUCCUCCCAGAGGACGAGGAUUCAUCGAAAUCCUCGCGUUCUGUUUAAAAUUGAUUUGUGCAUCAGAUUUUAAGCUUCCGUUCGUUACGCAUUUGCAACCCGAUUAUUACAGGAUUUUUUCUCGUUCUCGUCCGCGUAUCAGUGUGUUUUGGGGUCGUCCUUGUCGUAGUUUUUCGUUGCUUAAAAUCGAUAACAACAAAAAAUGAAACAUAGAAACGGUUUUCAGUGCCUAAAUAAAACAUUUGUUACAAAGAUUUUGUAGAUUGAAUAUGUAAAUAUUAUUUCACGUCAAUUUGUGUACAAAAUGUUCGCGCGAUUCAUUCAAGCAAAUUUCUGUCGCACACACGAGUACAAUAACAACGAAAUUAUAUCAAAUACAUGCCAUUUCAUAUAGAAGUGUAAUUACAAAUAUAUAAAUAUAUAUAUAAAUUUA